AUGAAGCAGUCCUCAAUCCUUUAUGAAAACGCCUCACAAACCGUUUUCCUCAUCGACAUCCCCACCUCCAUCACACUAGCUCAGGAUCUCUCCCGAACACAACAACUACAUUCUUCACAACCAGAACCAUCAACAACCACCACUACAUCUACCAAAAAAAGACAUAUAAUAUCCACAACACCGUUAAGGGAACCAUAUUCCUCUCCCCCAGAACCAAAAACAGAUGCCGCAAGAGCAAGGCUUCUAGAGAGGAUUCCUCUUGCUGAGCGGGAUUAUCAUGCAAAUUUGAUUGUGCCGGUGAGGGAUGGGUUGGGUGAGAUUCGGGGAUGCUACGACCAGGAGUGGUGUCUUGAAAGGGUUACGGUUGAUGCUGGGGAAGAGUCUCGUAAGAGAUCAUUCGAGGAUGUGCAUGAUCACUAUGAUGGUUACGGCUAUGGCUAUGGCUAUGGCUAUGGAUCUGGAGAUGAUCCUCAACCACCCGUGAUUCUAUCAUCUACCAGUGCAAACUACUUCGGAUGCAUGGCCGAGCUUUCCAAUGCGAUUGUCAAGAAUACAUCGCCACAAUCUGCAUCGCUAGUCAUCCCCGGAGAAUCCCCAGCAAAGCUACACGUCUUCACCAUCCCAUCAUUAUCCAACUUCCUCCUCUGCACACUAUCAACCUCCCAACCCAACCCAGCACAAUCCCUAAUCCCAGGCCUUCCCCAAUCCCACAAAUUCAACCUAAUCCUCCUAGACCCGCCAUGGCCAAACCGUUCCGUCCGCCGGAGUCGUCACUACAACACGCAGGCGUAUUUCGAUAUGGACAGUCUUUCUGGGUUUAUUCGAGAUAUUCUACGGAUGCAUUUACUCCCAUUCUCCUAUUCCCCAGAGACAGAAACGCAAAAGCAGAGUAAGGAAUGUAUAGCAGCGAUCUGGAUAACCAACGCCGAGAAACCCCGGAAAGCAGCCUACGACGCUAUUCAUGAUGCGGGGCUUGUUAUCUGCGAGGAAUGGGUGUGGGUUAAGACGACAGCGAGCGGGGAGCCGAUUAUGCCUGUUGAUGGGCUUUGGCGGAAACCGUAUGAGGUUCUUGUUAUUGGGAAGAGGAGGGAUGGGCUUGAGGGAGGGGUUUGGGAUGGGGAGAUUGUUAGGAGGAUUAUUGCGGCGGUGUCGGAUGUUCAUUCGAGGAAGCCGAAUUUGAGGGAGGUUUUUGAGAGGGUGUUCUUUGGUUCUGGGGAUUUGAGGUAUGAGGCGUUGGAGGUGUUUGCGAGGAAUUUGACGGCUGGGUGGUGGGGUGUUGGGAAUGAGGUGCUUAAGUUUAAUGACAAAGAGUGGUGGGAGUAUCGAUAG